AUGCACUUAGCAACACGUCUGUUGGAAUGCGUGGAGAAAAAUUGUUUGACAAUUGAACCUAUCCCCGGUGAUAACUCAUACCCACGGAAAUGUUCUUUAACUGAAUCCCACAAACUAUGUAAUUAUAAAAUACGAUUGGAUACAGAAGAUACAGAAUGGUAUUCUAUAUCACAACUCUGUAGAAAUAGGAUAGCAGCCGUGUGUGAUUUUUAUACCUAUAUUAGAUAUAUACAACAAGGUCUUGUGAAGAGUGAAGCCGAAUUAGCAACACGUCUGUUGGAAUGCGUGGAGAGAAAUUGUUUGACAAUUGAACCUAUCCCCGGUGAUAACUCAUACCCACGGAAAUGUUCUUUAACUGAAUCCCACAAACUAUGUAAUUAUAAAAUACGAUUGGAUACAGAAGAUACAGAAUGGUAUUCUAUAUCACAACUCUGUAGAAAUAGGAUAGCAGCCGUGUGUGAUUUUUAUACCUAUAUUAGAUAUAUACAACAAGGUCUUGUGAAGAGUGAAGGUACACUGGCAGCCUCAAUUUGCACCAUUCCACUAAAACUAAGGAACUAA